AUGAACGAUCGAACGAGUUCAGAAUUAGCAAUAGUUGUAGGAUUGUGGAAUACUCUCGAUGAUCUACAAUUAAUUAAAGAUGUAGUGAUGAAAGGAAAGUUCAUUUCCAAUGCGGUAAAAUUUAUCUCAGAUCGAAAUCGAGUUUCUAUUGAGGAAGCAAAAGAUUCGUUCUUCAAGGGAGCUAGUUUGUUUGUCAAUAGUCUGAUAAAGAACAAACAGAUUCAUAGAGCAGUUCAUGUUUUAAAAAAUGUCCAACUCAAUGAGUUUUAUUAUUUUUUCGACUACUAUCAGGAAGAAAAAGAUGAAACAAUCAAAGAUCUUGUUUACGAACAUUUACUUCAACUUAAACCAGAUCUUAAGGAGAUUGAGAGGACUCUGAAAAUUGAACACAAUUGUUAUAAGCUACUUGUCAGGAACUUCCACAGACAUUUAAAAUAUUUGGAUCUUGUGAUUCGAUCGACAAAAUCGAAAGCAAUAACAUCUGAAAAUAUUCAUAAAAUAAUUUUUGGGACUUUCAUGAAGCAAUCACAACAAUGGAAGAAUGAAAUGGCUGUCGAUGUUUUCUUCAAAUCAAAGAAUAUUGAAAUGCGUCACAUUAUUGAUAAGAAUUGCUUCUUUGAAUAUCUUCUUCGAAUUCAACUUUAUGGCGUACUCAAGCAAUGGUUGCAAGAAAGUUAUCUUUGUAAAGCUGGGAAAAUGAUUCAAUCGACAGUAACCGAGCCUGAAACAUUCGAAGGUGCUUUGCUUUGUCUCUUCCGUGAAUGGAAAUUUGAAGAGUACAUGAUGGAAAUGAUCUCAAGACGAGAGAAAGAUGUGAUCAAGAAUGAGUUUGCCAAACUUGGAUUGUUUGAAAGUCGAGAGCGAAAAGUUGUUUCUCGAAUGUUGAAUCGCUUCUUCAGCACAAACACAUUUCGUGAAAAUUAUUCGUUAUUGAAGACUGAAGAAAUCACAAAGUUCAUCAUAGAAAACAAUUUCAUGGAUCUUCUUUCUGAAGCAUUCAUUGACUUUCGUUACAUUCGACUUCUGCUUGAGAAUCUUGAUGUUAUUUAUAUGAGAGAUGAACUUGUGCUGAUUGAAUCGAUGAGAAAUCUUUUAUCGCCGACAACAAAUCUUGAAGAAUUUCGUUGCAUCAUGAACACAACAACUGAUUAUAUUUAUGAAUUCAACAAAGAUUUUGAUCGCGACAAUCCAAAACUAAAUUUCAUCAAUGAAACAUUAAACGGAUUGCCAGCGGAAAAUUUCAAAAAAAUCUCACACACAAAUAAUUUCACCAAGAAAUUAAUGGAAAAGUUAAAUAACGAAGAUGAGAAACUACCUGAAAUUGAAGAUCUUCUUGAACAUUAUCACAGCAUCAGUCUCGAUAUUAUUCGUGAAGAUUUUAAGAGAAAUGAUGACGGUGAAGUUCACAUAAGUUUCGAUGAUCCAAAUAUGUCGGCUGCUUACGCUGAUAACUUGAAACUUACUUUCAUAAAUUAUGUUGUGCAACAUCAAGGAUCUUAUGCAUCAUAUUUACUUAUCAAAGACAUCGUCAAGAACUUCAUGACAUUUUCAACAUCGCAAAUCAUAAUCGGAUGUGAAGAAAUUGCAAAGUUGGCUUUAGAUCAUCAAGACGAUCGUGAAUUGAUCAGUCACGCUGUUGCCUUUCUUGAAAUCUUAUCAAUUGAUUCGAGAUAUCUUCGAUGUUUGUUAAAACUCACAAGAUUAACUCACGGAUCGUUAACGAAUGAUGAAAGUGACGGUGAAAGUUUUGAAAUGAAUUCAGACAAUUUAAUUACAUUGUCGAGUUCUUCUGAAGAAAAUUUAAGAAAUGUUGAAGCACUUGAAGUGUUUUGGAAAGUAAGAAAAUCACAAAAUCCAUUUCGAUCUUAUCUCAAACCUUUCAUUGAAUCAAAUGAUUGGUUUCGAAUUGUUUUACUUGCUCAGUAUUUGAAUUAUUCAUUGGAAUCUUUCACAUCAAUUUGUGAUCAAAAAAUUCGUGAUAAAUCUUUAAAAGACAAUUUAAUGCGUGCUGUGAUGUUUGAUUCGUCGACUGAUUUUAUAAAAACUGGCAGUUUCAAUAAGAAACGACGAGUCAGAUCAACAACCGAAGUUUCUCACAUAUUUGCCAAUGGAAAGUUUCUUGAAAUGAAACGAGAUCUCUUCGGAAUUAUUCUUAAAUGUGAUGAGACAACAAAACGCCAUGAAAUGACAUUCGAAGUCUUCCAAAAAAUGAUUCUGAAAAUGGAGGAAUCAAACGAUCUUCUCUUUCAUGCUUUUAAGAAUGACUGGCCUUUGAUUGCUGUCAUUGCAGCAACAACGAAACUUUAUCGAUUCAAGUUCUGUUGGAUUUCCUGGUUGAUCUUAAGAAGCGACUUUACUUGGAAUGAGAAAUACAAAACUAUUGAAGAUCUAGCACAGAAAGUCGUUUAUCAUUGUCUCGAGAAAGGAUUCGUUCGAACAUUAAAUGAAAGUGUGAAGAUCUUUUACCCACAAUCAGCUUUGAAAGUCUUUACAAAGUUCCUUUGGUUCAGCAAUAAUGGAAGUUUCGAAAGAAUUGAUUCGAUUUUAAAACAUUUCAUAGUGAAAUUGAGAACUUCUGAUUACAAUUUAGUUGCUGCAAAAGGACAAACAGAUUCGAUUAACUUUGCAAUGUGUUGCAUCAUUAAACAUCUUCAAUUGAAUUUGAAAUCGAUUUUGCACCAGGAAAAGUAUUUGGAAGCUUUAUGUCGAUUAGAACUCGCUCAGUUCAGUGAGAAAGUCGAUUUUGUGUUUCUUAAGAAGCUCAACAAGAUUCUUGAACGAACAAACAUUCAAGUGAACUUCCAAGAAUUGUUCGAAAUGGAUCAGAAAUCGUUAAAAGGAAAUAUUGAAACGAUUUGUGAGUCGUUGAUUGAGAGUCAUCAAUUUGAAGUGGCUAUUGAAGUUGCUGAUUUGCUGGAUCUGCCGAAAGCUGACUUCGUCUUCAAGUGGUGGAUUCAUAUGUGGAGUUGUGAAGAUCAAAACGACCAAAACUUUGAUGCCAUGAAGUACAUGAAAUAUGUCACAAAAUUUAAUCUGAAUGUUGAAGUUGUGAUAAAAUUUCUUAAAACUGUCAUCGUUGAGAUGGAAGAUUGCGAAAAGAAAUUCAACAUGAUGAAGUUUAUAUUGAGAAACAAUCCAGAAGAUGAUUCACAAGAGAUGGAUGCUUUGGAGUAUGAAAUUAUAUUGGUUUAUUUAAGAUUGAAGACUCGUGGAGUUGUGCAAGUGAAGCCAUUAAUGUCAGAAUAUUAUGAUGAAGUCAUUUCUAAAGAGAAAUCAAUCAUUCACAACUCACUUUACGAAUUGAAAUCAAUUGCAAAAAUAGAAGAAUUGACAAUCAGCUUCAAGACACUUGACGAUGUCAAUCAAUUGAAUCAUCUCGAUGAAUUAAUUUUUAAUCUUCUCGAUGUUGGUGAUGUGAUUCAAGUAAUGAGAAUUCAGGAAAUGUUUGGAAGAGCGCCGGAAGAUUUGAAGUUGCUUGUUUACAUGAUGUCGAUAGCUGAAGGCAUAAAUUCCAUUUACGAUAUAACAAAGGAAGAAAGGAAAACCAUCAGCAGUUAUGGAUUGUUGUCAAAGAAAUUCAAUCGAUUAACUUUGAGAUCAAUUCGAACGAGCAGCGUUUCAACUUCAUUGUCAUCAUCACCAGAACAUCUUUCGGCAUCGGCAAACGUGGACGAGUCCAAAAGUCGAAGUUAUCGAGAGAAUAAAGAAUCAUUUGAAGCACUUCAAGGACUUGUCUGUAAAAUGAAACAUGGCGUUGAUCAAGCACAAAGAAUUGCUUUGAUUUAUCGAGUUUCACUGUUUCUUAACCAAAACUACGUCGAACUUCUAAGCAUGAAAAAUUCUUUUGAGUUUCUUGAGUUGGCAGCAUCAAUAGAUUGCGAAAAUAAACUUCUUGUCAUGAACGACAUCAUGGUUGCACUUCAAAUGACAGAUGAAGAGAUGGCUGAGUUUAUUGGGAAGGAAAUUGCUGGCUGCAUCAUUCGAACGAGGUUUGUGGAGUUCAACAAAGAACUUGAAAGCAUGAAUCAGUCGACAAUCUCUUCAAUAAGUUUUAAUAAAAAUCGUGCAAUUGAUGACAUUUGGGGAUUAAGUUUAUCAAAAGAUCUUCACUUAAUUCUUGAACUGUCCACAAAUACUUUUCUCCUCGGCAUGGAAUUGUUGAAAUAUUACAAAAUUCUUUCACGAGACUCUGUCGACAUUCCAUUCAAGUCAGAAAAUCCUGAACAAGAAAUAAUCUGUCAACAUCUGAAUCGAAUGUUAGCGCCACAAAUGAUGUCAUUAAAGAAACAAAACAUCAUUCGAGUCGAGCUUUUAACAACAGCUCACGAAUGUUUCUGUCAUGAAUGUUCAACUGAAGGAAUUGGUGCAGUCUUGAACCUUGCGAAGAAUUUAUGUAAUCAUUUAACGGUGAAGAAAAAUUUCAAUUUGAUUGUUAAAUUAAUGUGCGGCAUUGGAAGAUUUCGUGAGAUGUCUUAUUGCUUCGAAAUUCUCAUCCGAAACGAUCAGUUUGAAGCACUUCUCGUGAAGAUCACGAAAAUCGGAAAAAUUUUAACAAAUCAACCUGAAUCGAUUGAACUUCCAUAUUUGAAAUGUGACAAGACAAUCAUUACAAGUUUGAAUGAAAUAUUGGUUGGAAUGAUUCAUGCAACUGAACUCAUCACAAUGGCAAAUAAAAUUGAUAUGUCGCUUAAGUUUGCAUCAUUUUGUGAGUUGAUCGCUGUGCAAAUUCAUUUGAUUAAAGUUGGAAUGGAGAAGGAAGAGAAACUUUGCCCUUCUCUCGUCAAUCCUGAACAGAGCCUUGAAAAGUUUCAAUAUUUUGCUAAUUACGAGUUGAUAGUUCCUCAAACGAUGAUAUUGAUGAAAAAUACUGAAACAAACAUCGAUUUCGCCAAAGCAAUUUCUGUUCAUUUGAUGCUUGAAGAUGAAAGUUUUCUUAAUGAAUUCAUGGCAAGAAAUGACUUAACAGAUGAGAUCAUCGAGAAUGUCGUUAAGAUGACACAACUUACAAGAAUAACUCCAAAGCAGGAAAAGAUUUUUAAUGAUCUUGUUCGAAUGGUGGCAGAUUGUGGCUUAAAAUAUCGACUCGCUUCACUUCUCGGACUCAAAUCUCAACUUCAACAAAUGCUAAACGAUCAGGGCACUUAUUGUUAUUUACUCGACACCAAAUACGGAACUGUCGAUAUUUUAUGA